GCAAGUUCCUGCUGUGGUCUGAGGGAAACAGAUCCGACAUUCAGGCUCGGGAGAAUCGCACUUUGCGGCCUGUGGAAGCCCCGCCCCCCUCCCUGAGCGAUGGCCUCACCAGUCUCCGUCUACAACUCCAGCCCCUUGGCCCCACACAUCUCCAGUAUGUCCAGAGAGUCUGUGAAGAUGGAGUUGUUAGCCGAUGUGGCUCUGCUGCCGGGCGAGGAGAGAAUCAUCGACAAAGACAUCAUCUACAUCUGUCCCUUCAACGGGGCGGUGAAGGGCAAAGUGCUGAUCACCAAAUACAGACUCCACUUCAAGAGCUCGGAUGCUGAUGUGGUGAUGGCGUUGGACAUUCCUCUCUGUGCCAUCAGUCGGGUGGAGAAGAUGGGCGGAGCGUCGAGCAGAGGAGAAAACUCCUACGGCUUGGACAUCACAUGCAAGGACAUGAGGAACUUGAGGUUUGCCUUGAAGCAGGAAGGUCACAGCAGAAGAGAUAUCUUUGAGCUGCUCUUCAAACACGCCUUCCCCCUGUCACACGGUCUGCCGCUGUUUGCAUACGUGACUCAGGAGAAGUACGCCACAGAAGGCUGGGACAUCUACAAGCCCAUGGAGGAGUUCAGGCGGCAGGGACUGCCUAACGACAAGUGGCGCAUAGUGUUCAACAAGAGCUACGAGCUGUGUGACACCUACCCCACGGUGCUCGCGGUGCCCUACAAGAGCUCAGACGACGACCUCAAGAGGGUCGCCGCCUUCAGGUCACGAGGACGCAUACCGGUUCUGUCGUGGAUCCACCGGGAGAACCAGGCGGUGAUCGUGCGCUGCAGCCAGCCUCUGGUCGGCAUGUCGGGGAAGAGGAACAAGGACGACGAGCGCUACCUGGACGUGAUCCGAGAGGCCAACGACACAGCCAAGCUCACCAUCUACGACGCCCGGCCCAGCGUCAACGCCGUGGCCAACAAGGCCACGGGAGGAGGCUACGAGGGCGACGAGUACCAGAACGCGGAGCUGGUCUUCCUGGACAUCCAGAACAUCCACGUCAUGAGGGAGUCCCUGAAGAAGCUCAAAGACAUCGUCUACCCCAACGUGGAGGAAUCUCAUUGGCUGUCCAGCCUGGAGUCCACGCACUGGCUGGAACACAUCAAGCUGGUGUUGUCGGGAGCCAUCCAGGUAGCAGACAAGGUCUCCAGCGGGAACUCGGUGGUGGUGCACUGCAGCGACGGCUGGGACCGCACGGCCCAGCUCACCUCGCUGGCCAUGCUGAUGCUGGACAGCCACUACCGCACGCUCAGGGGCUUCCAGGUGCUGAUCGAGAAGGAAUGGAUCAGCUUUGGCCACAAGUUUGCCUCCAGGAUAGGCCACGGCGACAAGAACCACGCCGAUCAGGACCGAUCGCCCGUCUUCCUCCAGUUCAUCGACUGCGUGUGGCAGAUGACGAAACAGUUUCCGACGGCCUUCGAGUUCAACGAGCGCCUCCUGCUGACCAUCCUGGACCACCUCUACAGCUGCCGCUUCGGCACCUUCCUCUACAACUGCCAGAGCGCGCGAGAGCAGCACGACGUGCGGUCGAAGACGGAGUCCCUGUGGUCUCUGGUCAACAGCCGGAUGGAGAUGUAUCUGAACCCCUUCUACACCCCCGAGUCCGGCAGGGUCCUGUACCCCGUCGCCAGCAUGCGCCACCUAGAGCUGUGGGUGACGUACUACAUCCGCUGGAACCCGCGCAUACGGCAACAGCAGCAGAGUCCGGUGGAGCAGCGCUACAUGGAGCUGCUGGCCCUCCGAGACGAGUACUUGAAGAAGCUGGAGGCGCUGCAGCUCUCCGACUCGCCCUCCUCCCAGCUGGCCAACGCGGCCAACACCUCCUCCUCCCCGCCGCCACAGCAAUACACACAGCUACAGACGCCCCUCUAAGGGCUGCUCUCACACACACACACACACACGGAUAUACCCGUUGACUUGCACUUAAUGUUCUCUUUUCUGUCGGGGAUGACGUAGUCCUAACUGUCGAUAACAAAGAAUGCUAAUACGAUUUUAGGUUUGAUGGUAAUUCUAACACCAGAGUGGUGAUGGUGGUGAUUUAUGCAAUAUGUCACAGUACAGCCUUGUCACACACACACACACACACACCGUACAGGGACGCCUUAAAGACAUUCAGUGGCUUUCUGGCCGAGGGUUGAACACAUCCAUUUUCAAAGUGUUGUUUCUCUGCUGUGUUUCUGACGUUGGAGCAGGUGUUUUAUGCGGGGCUGAUUUUUAUUUUUUUUGACGAGCGUCACAACAACAAAGCCUCCUUUGCUUUGGCCUGUUUUCACGGAUGAAAAAAGAAGAAGAAGAAGCUCCUUAGAAGAACCACCUGGUUCCACUCUGUUACUCUAUUCACCAUGAACCCAUCAGACGUAUCUAGUUAAGUACAUAUGUUGGGACCUGGGAAAUAAAUUUAAACCUCUGACCUUCUGACGGAUUACAUAAAGUGGGUUUUCAAACUGGA